AGUGAGACAGAGAUAAACCAAAGGAAGCUAACCCAGUAGAAAAUAGUCGCUCGACAAUUCAGAAUCAGUUGCCAGCAGAACGUACAUCGAGUAACAACCAAUUCCACGUACAAUUAAAAUGGCGGACAUAACUAAAGACGAAUUGCGCAAAGAAAUCACCGCUAUUCUUAAAGAUGCUGAUUUGACGGCCAUGUCUGCUAAAAAAGUGAGGCAACAAAUCGAAGAAAAAUUAGACAUCGAUUUAUCAGAAAGGAAAAAGGAAGUCGACGACUUAGUAAUGGAGCAUCUCCAAGAGAAACAAGACGGCGGCAAGAAAAAGAAGAAGGCCGCCAGUGAAGAAUCUGAGGAGGGUGAAGAAGAAGAGGACGAGGAAGAAGCGUCCGAAGAGGAGGAAGAAGAGAAAGAAAAAAAACCAGCUAAACGUGGUCCUCCCAAGAAGACAGCCACCAAACGCAAAGGAUCCUCAGAUGAUGAAGAAAGUGGGAGCGAUGAUGAUGCCAGUGAUGAAGAAUACAGUCCUAAGAAAGUUGCUGCCAAAACAGCAAAGAAAGCAGGAAAACCAGCAGCUAAGAAAGGAAAGAAGAAGGGCAGCGACAGUGACAGUGACGAAGACUGGGGUAAAUCAAAAAAACCAUCAGGUGGUGCCAAAAAAGGUGGAGUUGGUAAAGGAAAAGGUUACACGAGAGCUAUUACACUAUCACCGGAAUUAGCAACUGUGGUCAAUGCUGAAAAAAUGGCGCGUCAUGAAGUUGUUAAGAAAAUUUGGAGUAUCAUCAAAGAAAGAAAUCUUUAUGACCAGAAAAAUAAGCAGUUUGCUAUUUGUGAUGACGAACUAUUCAAAGUAUUUGGAGUAAAACGUUUCAGGACCUUCGGUAUGAUGAAAUACCUCAAAAAUCAUUUCCUAGAUUAAGCUAUAAUAACAAUUACAAUUACAAUGAAUCGAUAAUUAUUAAAACAAUUAAUAAUUACCUUAUAAAAAUCAACAACAACAACAACAACAAAUCAACAACAAACGAAAAAAAAUAAACCAUUUUUUAAAAAAUUAAGUUUUUCCGCAAAAAACUCGUCGCAUGAUCUCCGACAAACAUUUCCUUAAUUUAAUCGAUAUAUCUCUGCCACCAAUUUUAUUUUUUAGUCCGAGACUGUUAAAUAAUUGAAUUUUGUUUAUAGUGAUAACAAUGUCAGCCCAACUUUUAAAAUACAAUUGUUUUUAAAUAACGUUUAUUUAUUUCGGGCAUUUUAUUAUUUUUUUUUAUUGUUUAUAAAAAUAAUUAAAAACACUCCCAACUUUUUUUUGUAUAUUUUUUACGAUACAAAAUUAUUUAAAUAAAAUAAAUAAAUAAAAAAUAAAAAGAAUUUUUUUUUUCUUCAUUCCAACUUUUUUAGUCGGGCUGAUAAUUCGACGAGUGAAUGUAAGAGUGUUUUAAAAGUGUGAAUGUAUUGAUUAAUUAAUUAAUCAAUUAAUUGAUGGAAUAAAAUAAAAAAAAAAAUUAAAAUAAUUAAAGCGCGAGUAUGAAUGAAUGCAAUUUAAAAUCAUGUGUAAUUUUUUUAAUAAAUUGUAUAAAAGUAAAAACAAUUAUACAAAUAUUACAGACACAUGUAUGCAUAAGUGUGAAGAUUAAUAAACUAACAUUAACUGCAUUAAUUAAUUCAUUGAUUAAUUAAUAAAUAAUUA